CUCUUUAAUAUUUCAAUUUCAUGGGAAACAUUUUAAUUCAUGUCACAUAUAGAUUGCUUGAAUUCAUGAAUUUGCCCCUCAUUACUUCUAAAUAAUCCUACAAUCAGUUUUAUGAAACUGGUUACUGGCAUUUCAUCAGACUUUCCAUCUUCACAUUCUAGUAUUGAAGUAUUGUGUUCCUUUGGGGGUGUCAUGUAGUCUUCCCUAUUUGAUUCUAGAUUUUCUUUGUUUAUUUUAAGCAUUUGUGGAGAUAUUUGUUGCUGGUGCUUGUUUCUCUUGGUGGCUUUUAUCUUUGGACUAUGCCUCUGUGGCACAGUGUAGUGUCUGCUCUUUCAGAGGUCUGUGCUGGGUGUUGCCAGAAAGCUCCAUUCAGUGCUCCAGAGUGAGGGGAAUGUCCAGAGUGACACCCAAGAUGAAUGUGGCAAAUGUCAAUCUUUUUUUUUUAUUAGUGUUGAGAGUUUGAUGAGCUCUGUUGGCAUAGUUUCAUGCUCACCUCCUCUCCUCCAAGGUAAAAAUGCAGGUGCUAUCCCCAAUGGGUGCAAUAUUCAUCCAUGCUGCCACAUGAAACAGAAAAAGGAUCCAUGCAGUCUUUAAUGUAAGCACAGAUCCCUCAGUAAUGGCCUUCCCAAAGCAAUCAAUGAGCCUGGAGUGUGUGGACCUGCCCACUGCAACUCCCCAGAGACCCAGCCACACCCUGCACCCUCCCACACUGACACAGUUUUUUUCACAGUCCUUGCACACAAGGCUCCCACAGUCAUGGGUGUCCAGUCACCUGUCAAUUCUCCCAGCUAGACACAGGCAUCUCCUCUUGGGUGGUUGCUGGGUGUACAGACACAAGCUGAUGCAGCUGUUACCUAUGAUCAAAUGACACCCACCCUCUCAGCUAAUUACAGGACACCAUGGUUUGGUGGUCAGGAGGAGAGAGAAACAGCCUCCUUUGUUUUCCUUUAAGUUGGCAGGUACACUGUCCCCCACAGGGCUCCAAGCCAGACUCAUGUCUACACACAGCUUUAUGGCUGGUGGCUUAGGCUGCCGUAGUUUAUUCUCACCUCAUUCCCCUCCAAAGGUGUUGCUGAGGCUCUUGGCUGCUGGGGGCCUGUGUUGUGUCUGUGUUCAUGCUGCAUGUCCACACCCUCCACUUAGAUCUACAGUGUCCUUCUAACUCCUGUGGAGUUUCCACUGCAGUUUUCUUCCUAACUGCUCCCUGAGAUUGCACUCUCUCCAUGUUUUUUAACUGUCUUCCCUUUGACUAUAGCAGUUAUCUUUCCAUUCUGCCACCUUGGUAUCUCUUGGAUGUCUCUUUAAAAUAUAUGCUUUGGAAUGAUUUUCUCCCAGACUGUGUAAUCCCUUCUCAUUCUCUUAACUGUCUUUUGGAGAGAAGUUUUAAAUUUUGAUGAAGACCAAUUGGUCAGUUUUUAUUUUGUGGAUCAUGUUUUUGGUGUUGUAUCUAGAAAACUUUAAUACAGGCCAUAGAGUAUUCUCCUGAAAUUUUAUUGAUUUUGAGUUUUGCAUUUAUUUCUCUGGUUUUUGAUAUGAUGAGACUUACAUACUGAGGUUAAUUUUUCAAUCAAUCAACCACCAUUUUUUGAAAAUACUAUCCUGCGUGGCUGAUUUCCCUUUCUAUCUUUGUUGUCUAUUUGUGUGGGUAUAUACUUUGAUUCUUGAUUCUUUGUUAUUCUUUUGAUUGUUUUAUUGAUUUAUUUUUACUUAUGUCUGUCCUAAAAAGUCUUGACAUCAACUCAUGUUUGCCCUUCAACUUUGUUCUUGUAUCAAAGUUGUUUGGAUUUUGGAAUUCCUUUAUAUUUCCACAUGAAUUUUAGAAACAACUCCCAAUUUCUACCAAAAUUUUCUUAAAGCUGACUGAAAUUUUUGGUUGAGAUUGCAUUGAAUUUGUACUCCAUUUUGUCGGAGAACUGACAUCCUAACAGUAUUGAGUCUUCCAACCCACAAAGAAAAUAAAGCUAGUUUUUGAAAUAUCUGUGUGUGUAAGAAGCCCCUCCAUUAUACACAAAAGAAAAAAUAACAGAUAAAACAAUCUCUGCUUUGAGAUUAUUCUUCUGGAGUAUUUGAUGUUGGUGUACUCUGUCACCCAUCUUUCAAACAAACAGCAUGUGUCUUUAAAAAAAAUCUUUGCAGUCUGGGACCAAAUUCAUUCCAUUCUUUCCUCACAAUGAUCUCAAGACCACCAGAAUCUGUGGUUGCCAUGGACAUGGAACUCUUAUUCUUUCAUUGGCAUGUUCGCAGCCAAAGGCGUAGGACAUGGUGAUUAUGGAUCGAAUUUAACCGCAUGGCGAUAUGAAGAGAUUCAAAAAGAAUCGUCAGUAUCGCUGGUUCUCUAAAAAGAAAAAUACUGAUAUGGAUGAUAAUCCGUUGACAGACAUUUUGGUUGUCCCUAACCAGAAUGUCAAUAAUAGCCCUGCUCUAAAUGAAGCAGUAUCCACUCAUGGCGGAGUCGAAAAUGAAAGCCCAAACCAGGGUAAACUGAACUCUGUCACUAUGGAAGACCCUAAUGAAUGGGAUGAUAAUCCGUUGACAGACAUUUUGGUUGUCCCUAACCAGAAUGUCAAUAAUAGCCCUGCUCUAAAUGAAGCAGUAUCCACUCAUGGCGGAGUCGAAAAUGAAAGCCCAAACCAGGGUAAACUGAACUCUGUCACUAUGGAAGACCCUAAUGAAUGGGAUGAUAAUCCGUUGACAGACAUUUUGGUUGUCCCUAACCAGAAUGUCAAUAAUAGCCCUGCUCUAAAUGAAGCAGUAUCCACUCAUGGCGGAGUCGAAAAUGAAAGCCCAAACCAGGGUAAACUGAACUCUGUCACUAUGGAAGACCCUAAUGAAUGGGAUGAUAAUCCGUUGACAGACAUUUUGGUUGUCCCUAACCAGAAUGUCAAUAAUAGCCCUGCUCUAAAUGAAGCAGUAUCCACUCAUGGCGGAGUCGAAAAUGAAAGCCCAAACCAGGGUAAACUGAACUCUGUCACUAUGGAAGACCCUAAUGAAUGCUCACAGCCAAAAGAAUCGACAUCCAUUACUUAUGUGGAAUCCAUCAAUGACAAGUCACACUCAGGAGAAUCAACAUCUAGUAUAUAUGUGGAAUCCAUCAGUGACAACUCACAGCCAAAGGAAUCAACAUCCAUUACUUUUGUGGAAUCCAUCAAUGACAACUCACAGCCAAAGGAAUCAACAUCCAUUACUUUUGUGGAAUCCAUCAAUGACAAACCAAAUACAGAAGAAUUGACAUAUGAAAAUUAUGAGGAAGCACCCAGUACCAUGACUUCAAUAUAUGAAUAUGGAUCACUACAUGUUGAUGGAGCUACAAGUGAAGUUACUGCCCAGUCAGACUUGAAAACAUCCCCAAGUGAACGCAUCAGUGUAAGCACUCCAUUAAGUCAGUCAACAGUAAUAUCUGUUGAUGAAGACGUCGAUGAAACCAGCAAGAUGAAGAACACUACUCGUUUAAUUGUAUCAGCCUUUGCAUUCAGAGUAUUUGGAAUCCUGCUCAUCUUUGUGGACAUAUUUCUCAUCAUGUCAGAUGUAAUUUUCAAUGAUAACAAAAUAGUUUUCGAAUGCCAUUCAAUUUCUUUGGCUAUUGCAUUAUUUUUUUUCUUUGAUGUUCUACUCAGAGUGUAUGUUGAGGGGAGGAAGACAUAUUUUACUGAUCUAUUUAACAUCUUAGAUGCUGUCAUUAUUGCAAUAACUCUCUUGAUCGAUACCAUUUACUUCUUUUUUGACCUAAGAUUUCUGAAAGACGUACCAAGGGUGGCCGUUCUGCUUCGACCUCUACGCCUUAUAAUUUUGGUAAGAGUUUUCCAUCUGGCUUACCAAAACAGACAACUCCAAAAGCUGACCAGAAGACUGGUUUCAGAAAACAAAAGGCGAUACAGGAGAGAUGGAUUUGACCUAGAUCUCACUUACAUAACUGAUCGCAUUAUCGCCAUGUCAUUUCCAUCUUCUGGAAAGCAGUCUUUCUACAGGAAUCCAAUUAAGGAAGUUGUGAGGUUCCUGGAUACCAAACAUCGAAACCAUUACCGAGUCUACAAUCUAUGCAGUGAAAGAGCUUAUAAUCCUGAACAUUUUCAUAACAGAGUCCAAAGAAUCAUGAUUGAUGAUCAUAAUGUCCCUACUCUCAGCGAGAUGGUGGUAUUCUCCAAAGAAGUAAAUAUGUGGCUGGCUCAAGACAAGAAGAACGUAGUAGUGAUUCACUGCAAAGGCGGCAAAGGAAGAACUGGGACAAUGGUCUGUGCUUGCCUCAUUGGUAAUCAGAUCUUUGGUACUGCAAAGGAAAGUCUUGCUUAUUUUGCAAGUCGACGUACUGAUCACACCAUCAGUAGUAAAUUCCAAGGAAUUGAAACUCCCUCCCAAAGUAGAUAUGUUGGAUAUUUUGAGAAUGUGAAAAAUCUCUGCAACUGGACUCUCCCGCCAAAAAAAAUCCUCACGCCAUACAAAAUUAUCAUUUAUUCAAUUCAUAAUGUUGGAAAAGGCGAUGGAAGUGACCUAAAAAUUCAAAUAACUACAAAACAACAGACAGUCUUUUCAUGUUCAUCUUCUAAAAACUGCAAGAUAUUUCACGAUGUCGAAACUGACAAAGUCAUUAUUGAAUUGUUGAACUGUCCAAUCCUAUAUGACGACGUUAAAGUCAGAUUUCUCUCUCGGGUAAGUAAUCAAGAAAUUACUUCUGCUGUUGUACUUGUUUGCUCUUUUGAUUGAUUUUGAU